AGUGAGGGCGGUGGCUGGCAGGGCGGCGGCGCUGCUAGGGGCGCGGGCGCUUAGCGCGCUCGCGGCGCUCCAGGCGGUGCGGCUCAUGGCUCCGCCCCUCGCGUCUGGCCGGGACCGUGCGGGCCGGGAGGAUGAGGACUGCUGGGAGGCGCGGGGGGACCGCAAGGUGCAGGCCGGGGCUGCGGGCGGGCGUGCGGGGGGCCGCGCGGCGCUGGGGCUCAGUCGCCCGCUUCCCGCAGGCCCGGAAGCCCCUAGUGGAGAAGAAGCGGCGCGCGCGGAUCAACGAGAGCCUGCAGGAGCUGCGGCUGCUGCUGGCGGGCCCCGAGGUGCAGGCCAAACUGGAGAACGCCGAGGUGCUGGAACUGACGGUGCGGCGAGUGCAGGGCGCGCUGCGGGGCCGAGCUCGCGGACGCGAGCAGCUGCAGGUGGAAGCGAGCGAGCGCUUCGCCGCCGGUUACAUCCAGUGCAUGCAUGAGGUGCACACGUUUGUGUCCACAUGCCAGGCCAUCGAUGCCACCGUCGCCGCCGAGCUCCUGAAUCACUUGCUGGAGUCCAUGCCGCUGCGCGAGGGCAGCAGCUUCCGGGAUCUGCUGGGGGACACCCUGGCCGGGCCCCCCGGAGCCCCCAGACGAAGUGGCUGGCUCACAGGGGGUGCCCUAGGGUCCCCGUUGCCCAGUCCUCUGGGCCACGGGGACGACCUGUGCUCCGACCUGGAGGAGGCCACCGAGGCUGAACUGAGCCGCCCACCUGCUGAGGGACCAGACUUAGUGCCAGCGGCCCUGAGCAGCCUGACCGCUGCCCGCAUAGCCCAAAGUGUCUGGAGGCCUUGGUGACCAACGCCAGCCCGCUCUCUGGUCCCUCCUCCCUGGGGUCCAGAUGUCGUGGGGCAGGAUACUGGAUGUCUCCCAGGUCUGCCUGCCUUGUUCCUCCAGUGGACGGCUUGUAGGGCAGUCCUGGAUCACCCAACUAGUCAGGCCCCUAGCCCUAUUUCUUAAGGGAGUAACUUUUAUGGACCCCACAGUCCCGGGUGGGUGGAGAGUGGACUACAGGCAGGAGGAAGAAUCCUGCAGAGCUACCAGGGCCCCCAUGGGUUCUCCUGUCCCAGCCUUCUCAGGCACUGUCCCUGUUAGGGGACAGAGGUGACCGGAAUGGUGCUGAGCCUCUCCUCCAUGCUGGGCACUGGUGUCUGGGCAGAGGGAGACCUCAGGCCCUGGCAGCGGUGGCCUGAGCAGAAGCUUGCACUUGCCACUUCAGCCAGGACAUGGGAGGCAAGUGCAGCAUUGCCCAUAGCUGCUGGAGAGAAGUGCGGCUUUUUGUAUGUCUUGCAUUUAGCACACUUGAGUUUGUGUAUGUAUUAGGUUGCCAUCGAAUGUUCCAAUUCUAUUAAAUAAAGGAUUUGGGAGAGUUAGUUUCCCUUCUGGAGUAUUA